GGGCACUUGAAUAUUCAAYAUUGGAUACAAUAAAAUUAGAGAAUGUGAAACGAAAAAAAAAGCCWGCAGUUUAAGUGAUGCUGAUUGCAGCUCUAAGUAAAUUGGGUGGUUCAAAAACUGAUGAAGCUACCAAAUUCAUCCUACGGAAACUUUUUAGUGACAAACUUGCUAUGACCUAUAGUUGGUGUGGGGGCAAGGGCAAAAGAGUUAUGUCGAAUUUGAACAUAUCAAGGGUUAUAAUUUAUUCAGUAUUCAAAACCAUUAAAACAGCAACAGAAGCAGAAAUAAUUUUAAGCAUCAAAAACUGGUUGAGACAUGCCAAAAAAAGAAAUGAAAAUUGCGAGAAAAGAUUUGCAGAUUCCAAUGAACAAAUACAUUGCCUGCAAAUGAAUUACCACAUCAUACAAACCUAUUGUUAUUUUUCUUAAAUCAAGCCAGCUCAAUAUUACAUAGUCACAUAAGUCAAUGUGCAAUAUUAUUAAUUUAAUUAAUUUG